AUGGCAGAUUUCCAGCACAACAGCUGCACUAACUUCUUGUGCACCCAAAAGGGAAUACUUCUGUUUGCUGAGAUUAUAUUGUGCCUUGUGAUUCUGACCCUCUACAGUGCCUCAACAUCAGGCUAUAUCUCUCUGUCGCUGAUUGAAUUGAUCCUAGCUAUCAUCUUCUUUAUCGUCUACACAUGUGACCUGCACACCAAGAUACAAUUCAUUCACUGGUCUUGGACUGAUUUCCUCCGAUCCCUCAUAGCGGCCAUCAUCUACCUGAUCACCUCCAUUGUUUUACUUGUUGAGAGAGGAUAUCGCUCCAGAAUCGUUGCAGGGAUACUCGGCCUAAUCGCCACGGCCCUUUUUGGCUAUGAUGCCUCUAUUACUUGCCCGAUGCGACAAUAA